UUGACAAUGAAGAUGACGUCUUCCUGGAUAAUAAUUUAUUCAUGUUUACUUUUCGGAUCCGAAAUUUUGUGUGAUAGAAAACUCGAAAGACGAAAAGCUGUAUCAAAUUGCUCAGUAAACACUGAUGAUAAGUAUUAUUGUUCAAAUGGAUUGUGUAUCGAAUGGUCGUGGGUUUGUAAUGGUCACAAGGAUUGUUCAGAUGGUUCAGAUGAGACCAAAGAGUUGUGUGCUCAAUACGUGUAUAGAAUAAAUAUGAAUAUGGAUUGCGGUAAAGUAAAUGUAAACAACAAAAUAAAAUCAAAGAAGAUCGAAGGACGUGAUGUUAAAGAAAUUAUGGAUAUAGCACCUUGGGUAGUUGAUAUAUAUACAUUUUUUACAUUAGGAUCCUAUUAUAAACCUAUAAUUGUAGGAUCAAUUAUUGCUUCUAAUAUGGUCAUUUCUGUGGCUCAUACUUUUUGGCAGAAAAAUAUGAUAUCUAAGAAAAUAUCAAUAAAUGAUGGUCUAUACAAAAUCGGUGUUGGGAAAUUCGGUUAUAAUCUCACAAAAACUGACAACGACAUUAACCAAAUAAUCGAUGUAGACAUGAUUUACGUGAGUGAACGUUUUAAUGGUAGUGCUGGGUUAUAUGCUGAUGAUAUAGCAGUUAUUGUAUUAGCAAACAAAUUUUUAUUUAUCAAUGGUGUUGCACCUGUUUGUAUAGAUUGGAAUAGUAAAUAUAUGGUACAUUAUGGAGAUCAAGGACAGAUGGUAGUUUUGGGAAAGAAUAAUUAUGAUAAUAAUGUAUAUACAUUUUUUCCAUACAUCAGCCAUUCUUUUUGUAAAAAAAUGUAUGAUAUAAACCGUUUUACAAAAUAUGUGACUUUGGAUAAGUUUUGUACCUGCCAUCAAAUGGAACAUGGUGAAGGAAUUCAGGGAGCCGGCAUAAGCUUUUUACACUUAAAUUCUUAUUUUUUAACCGGGGUAAUGAGUAGGUGGGAUAGAAUAAAUAAAGAUACUGUCUUUGCUUUUACAGACAUAAAAUACCAUGUUUCAUGGAUCCGUGGACUUUUAAUCAAACAUCUGGUCUUUAUGAACUCAUGCGUUUUACCAAAUAUUGAAGGAAUCGUAUAUAAUUAUGAAGGUUCUAAUAAAAUCUUAUCUCCCGGGACUUUAAUUAAUGAUAACACUACUGUUAUUGGGAAUUGUGAAGUUGGAUUUCAUAAGGUUUAUCCCAACGGUCUUAGGUUUUGUCAAGGAAAUAAAAAAUUAUUAAAUUAUGAUAAAUUUUGUUUGAAAAUGUGUAAACCUCUACUAUCUGAUAGUUUAGAUAUUAAAUGUAGUCAUAAUGGUAAAUAUGCUAAUUGCUCAGAUCUAUCGAUACCUGGCACAAUAGCAAUACCAAAAUGUAAGCAUAAUUAUGCUCUACCAAAUAGACAGCAAGAGACUACAAUUAAAUUACAUUGUCAGUCUAACGGAUUGUGGGAUAAAGAACUAUAUAUAUGCGAGCCAGAUUGUGGUAGACCAUUUAUUAAAGCCCAAAUAUUGAUAAAACAUGGUGAAACAGCAAAUGUUGGAACGGCACCAUGGAAUGUUGCAAUAUAUCAAAAAACUUCCGAUUAUGAAUUCAUUUGUGGAGGAUCAAUUAUUUCUCAAAAUUUAGUCAUUUCUGCGGCUCAUUGUUUUUGGAAAAUAGGUAUUCCAAAUACUAUAACAAUAGUCGACGAUCUUUACAAAAUUGCUGCUGGAAAAUAUUAUAGAAAUUUUACAAUUUAUGACAGUGAAUUUCCUCAAAUUAUAAAUGUGGAGAGGAUUCAUCUGAAAGAAGGUUAUUUUGGAUUUUACGGGCAUUAUGCUGAUGAUAUGGCUGUUGUUGUGUUACAAAAUAGUGUUUUUUUUAGAAAUGGUAUUACACCUAUUUGUAUCGAUUGGGAUGGUAACUAUACAGUAUCCAAUGGAGAUGUAGGAAAGGUUGUUGGUUGGGGAAAAACGGAAAAAGACAUUUUAAGUCCUACCUUAUUACAAACUGAUUUACCAUACAUCGACAUAAUAACUUGCCGGCAUAUAUGUAAUUUUGGGUUUGAUUCAUAUGUGACUUCUGAUAAGUUUUGUGCUGGUUCUUCAUUGGUUUCAGGAUAUGGUGUAGAAGGUGGAGACAGCGGUGCAGGCUUAUGCUUUGCACACUCUAAAUUGUAUUAUUUAACCGGAGUAGUUAGCCUCAAAGAAGCAGGCGCAAAUAAUUCAUUGGCACUUUUUACAUCAGUUGAUUACCACCUUGAAUGGCUUCGUAGAAUUUACAACCAUUAUAAGAAAGUCUAAUAUAAUUAAGUUUCAGAACUCGGUGUUUAUGAAGUAGACUGCGGUGCAUGAUUAUGCUUUUUACACUCUGAUUAUUAUUAUUUUACCAGAGUAAUGAUUCUCAAGGAUUCAGAAGCAAAUAAUUCAAUCUCAGUUUUUACAGAAGUUAAGUACCAUAUUCAAUGGACUCGUGACUGUAUAACAUACAUAGUUAAGAAAAUAAUUUAUUCAAAUUAUAAUUGGAAUCAAUUUUUGUACUUCGUAUAAUUAGUUUUUUACGUAUGUGUUAUAAUUAUUAACAGUUCUUAUAAUAAUUGUUCAUUAAAAUUUAUUUGAUCAUAAUAAAUCAUUAAAAUUUUACAUUGUACUUACAUUAAUGGUUUCAAAAUUAUUACUAAAGUAUAUAGGUAUUGUGCAUUGUAAUGACAUUAUAUUUGACAACCAACAUUCAAACGAGUAUUUUUUGUGUUAUAUAACUUUUUAUACUGUAUAACAAACAUAAUUAAGUCCAAUGUAAUUAAUAUUCUAAUAUUAUGUCAAUCAUUGUAUUUCGUUUAAUUAUUUUUUACUUUUGUGUAAUAUUUCUUAACAAUUCUUAUAAUAAUAUUGUUUAUGAAAAUAAAU